AACGACUGGACCCGAAACAGCCUCUGAACUUCCUGAACUUGCCGGUACAUGUCCAUCUGAUUGAGCUUCGUUGUGUAACCGAGCGCCUGAUGGAAGGAGUAGAGCUGCAGCCUGUCCAGAAAUGUUUACAGAACUUCUCAAAUUUGCCACUGUGGAUCAUAGAGUACGCCUGGGCUCACAAAAUGAUGGAUAUACAGGAAGCUGUGGACUUUUCCACUUGGCAAGAAAUGGACUCCCAGGCUCUGAGCCUUGAAGACUCAUGGAGGCUCCGUGUUGCCUCUGCGCAGGUAUAUUCCAUCGUGAAGAACAGGAACAUGAAGCACUUUGAGAGAGUGAUGGGCUUUUUGGAAUCCACUUACAGACUUCUACCCAGACUGGUGAAUGCCAUCAAACACAUGAAAAUCAUGUUUGGCCUCAAGACCAUGACCAUCAUGUGGAUGCUCAGGGAGGACAGAGGAAUGGUUGACACUGUUUUUAAAAUCAACCAGUUCUUUCCAUGUAAACUACCUCAGUACCAAUAUCAAUGUAGCCCACAUGAAAUGUACCUAAUGAAGAAGAACCAUCUGGACUUCAAAGCUCUGGCACAUACACUCGCCGUGGACAAGGACAAACGUAAAGACUACCUCAUGAAUCAGAUGGAGGAGCAGUUUGGUGAACAUUAUGCCCAGAAAGUCGAGGAAAGGUUGCUGCACUACCUACAUGAGCUGGAGACUGCAUUACAAGGAGAUACCUACAUUGAUAAGUUACUGAAGAAAGAAAGUCCUGUGAGUGAAGAGGAGAAGCUAUUGUUGGAAGUGAUUUGCUCUGACUCCAUGACCAUUGCAACAACUCUGAAGAAACUGCUUCACUGUGAUUUUGUCUCCUGUAGUCUGGGUAGGGUGUGUCAGUCAUCAGAUCAUGGAAAAAAUGGAAUGGAAAUCUCUCGACUUCCGAAGUCUCUUCUGCACAGCAGCUCUUCAAAGGCUCUCCUGAGGUCACUGGAAACCAAAACUCCCCCAGGUUUUCAGCCAGAUGUUUUUAUGGGAGGAGAGGAGGUUGAUCAAGAGUUAUCCAAUGACAGCCCUCUUUGGUUGGAGAAUGACAAUGACUCAGAUGCUAGGAGACCUCAACAAACAGGGAAGGAUGGUGAGGUAAUCGAAAGUGUGAAGGAAGAUAGCAGUGACAAGGAAAAGGAAAAAAUCUGUCAGAGAAGCAAUGAACUUGAACAAGAGGGUACUUCCUCACCUCAGUUCUGCUCCAAACACCAACGGUGGGUCAAAAGCAUCCUGCAGGAGUGUCCUGACGAGUGCCCAGAAGAGUUACGACUUCAUGCUUUGUCUCCCCCGCUGUUCCAGUCGUCCUCAUCUACCGGUUCGUCACAGGACCUCACCCCCUCUGACCUCAUGCCUUGCCCCCCUGACCAACAACAUCCAGCGAUCCAUCUUCAGGCAGUAGCCCAGCCAUGUCAUCAAGCAAACUCCGAAGAUAUGCUGAGCUCUGGAUCAUUUAGGUCAGCAAAUGAUACCUUUAAAACUGAACCACUACCUCAGCCCUCUUCAUCCGGAGACACUCUAUUGCCUGCCUUGUUGUCACCUGUGGUCCGACUGGUCGACAUCGCCUCUGUUAGAGGGAUCUACCUUCCCUUUAAGCCACAUCAAGCAUCUCCAAAUCACUCCACAAUAUUUAGUAACAAACAGGCAACUUCUGCUUUCGGCCCUCAAGUACCAACCUCUUCCCACCAGCAUACCUCAGAAAACAAUGCCAUACUUCAGGGAAUGAUGAAAGACUCUACAUUUGACAAACCAGAAACUGUGGCCUCAAUAAAACCUCCAAACACAACUCACCAAAUGGAAGCAGCUCCUGUUUUUCAGGAUGCAUCUACUUCAACCAGCUGUCAACCACUGAGUCAACAGUCUUUCAAACUUUCAAGGAAGUACAAACAGGCCUGUCCUACCACCAGAAAAUCACAGACUCUUGAUGGUCAAAACCCUUUAGUUGAACAGUUCAAAAUGGCUGUAACUACCGUUUGGACAAGUUCUCUGUCUUUGUCCAGUGACUUCAGUGUCUCCUUGCCUCCUACACAAGAUCUGUAUACCCCUACUCCUCAGUCAGGGACGUUAUCCUCAGUUUGUACUGCCAAUCAAAUUCCUUUAUCUAGUGAAUUAUCUCGACGAGUUGUCCCUCAGAGCUCAAUCAAACCUCAUGCUCAGACACACAACGCUAUUUCUUUUCAAUCAAAGACCCUACCACACACUGUCACCUCCUCUGCUUCCAAUUCUAAUUGUGUGGCUGCAAGGUCUGAGACCAGCAGAGUUCAAACAGCCCCACUGAGGUUAUCACUAACUAGUCAGGCUGUGCUGCUGCAGUCCAAGUUGCUACAGCCCUAUGUGAGUCUUACCAGGCUGACUGCUCAGUACUGUUACCAAGUGACCAUGGGGCGAUGCUCAACCAGGUAUGUAGAACCUGUGAUACAAGGCAGAAAUGAUGGCAAUGACAAGGACAGAAGGAAUGAGAAGGAAGAAGAAGAUACAGAUUCUUCUUUUGAUGUGAACAUUCUCUACUCCAGUUAUUCUUCAAGUGGUGACACUGAGGACUCGUUUGCUUGUGACCCUGACUACAAACCUUGUAUUAAAAAGCAAAGACUUCUGUUAGAGUAUGAAUCUGCAAGGGUCCUGAUGGAUACAUGACAACAUCUGAACAUGAGAACUAUAGUCUGACUGACAGUGUUGUUGUUUUUUUAAUACCAAUACCGAUAUUAAUAUUUGAAAGUGUAACGAUACAUUUUUUUAAACCUAAACUCAUCUCAUGAGAAAUCUUGAUAUGGAUCCAUUAGAUUAGACAUGUGACAUACACAGUAGGACAUUUUAUGUGAAACAUUUUGCUUAACAGUUUUACUUAAAAUCUGUAAGAAUCAAUUCUGUCAGUGCUCUCUUAUGGACAAACCGUCUAAUGGUGACACUGUUUGUUAAUACAUUUCUAUCAGCUAUUAGCCAGUUACACAUAUGCUAAUAUAUCUGCAAUAAGAUAAUUUAUAUGUAAAAAUGGGCAGAUGGUUCAAAUGUCCUUGUGUAAUGUGUACAGAGUUGGUUGGUUGUGAUGACAAAAUCACAGAGGAUUAGCACUCAACUCAGCUGAAUGUUUUAGCUUAUUUUAGCUCAUUGUUUUGAUUUCACUGUCUGCUGUGAACUUAACUGUUGAUUCAACCUCAUUUCAAGCUGCAACAGUUGGCAGCUUCAACAGCAGAAGGUCAGAUAAAAUCAUUCUAUACUACCAUACAUCAUGAUGUGUCAAAUGUGAAUGAUUUUUACAUAGCUUGGCCCCCAGAUAACCUGUGAUCUCUGACAUUCACAUCUGAUUGAGGGGUAGUAACAGCUCUCUUAGGCAACUACAGUUAUUGGUAUGUUGUUUAUGAGCUUAGUUUCAGAUUGUCAGUUUGUGAAGUUAUCGCCACUGGAAAGCCUGCAAUUAGAAAGGCCUUUGAUACACAUCUGUUCUCAGUUAUUAUCACAGCAUUUCUUGUAGGUUAUUUUCUAAAAAUGGUUUCUCAUUAGAUUUUAUGACGAAUCUGAUAAGUCAGAAUAAAUAAGGUUUCUCAGCAGACCCUUGUGAUUUGUUUUCAGUCAGACAUUUUGGUCUGGAUCAGAAUAUCUCUACACCUUUUGGAUGGUUUGCCAUGAAAUUUUAUGAAGACAUGCAUUGUUCCCAGAGGAUGAAUCAUAAUGAUGCAAGAACCAUCAAAGUUAGCCAAUGAAAUAUCAUUAAAAUCUAUUUGGUUGAUGGCAUUAUUUUUGCAGUCAUAAUUCCAAUGUAAGAUAACGUAUAUCUUACAGACUUCUUGAUUCCCCUGACUUUCCCUAUACAACCGCCAUGGUGUGUCUUGACAAUUAUUGGAUGGACUGUUACAAACUUUGGUUUGGUCAUUCAUUAACCUGCAUUCAUACUGUCUUUAGUUCUGUGUGGAAAAAAAAAGUUCUUUCUGUCAUUGUGAACAUGUUGGCACCUUGAAGUUAGCGUUUAGUUCAAAGUACAGCCUCACAAGCCACUAGUGUGGCUAUGCUGUAGGCUAAUUAUUUUAUCAUGAAAGGAAUCUGGUGUAGAACCAUUUGUUCACAGUUCUAUAGAGGUAAAUGCUAUUUGAAAGUUUUAACAAAGUUGCAUCCUGCAUGUAUAAAGCAAAAGCUAAUAUUAGGCAACCAUGGACCCAUACCCCAUGGACUGCCCACUGGCAGUCACGUCUGCUUUUCUUCCAGUCUUCCCCUUGGUCAGUUAUGUGUCUGUCUUCAUAGUCAGCCAAUCAGCUUUGUGGAAGUGAGCUCUGUAUGGCAUGGUGUCCAGUGGUAUGACACAAUGUCUGCAUGAUGGGCAAAUGUGUGAACAACACUGGUUUAAAAAAAAAACAAAAAGAAAAAAAUCCAGAUAUUGACAUAUCAUGUAGAGUCAGCGCUGUGGUCAGCAGUACCCCCCUCUGUUUGCAUUUGUGUAUUUACACAGACCAGCUUGGGGGAUAGUAGAUAGUGGAGGUAAAAUGAGGACCCUGACACUGGCUUUUGAAUGAUUACAUCCUGGACAGAGAACUCACACAGAACAAGUAUGAAAAAUGUGUUGCUUUGACGUUAUAGGUGCUAUAAUGGACUUCACCUGAACCUGACACUAUUCAUCUGGCCACUCAGUAAUCAAACAUGGUCUUUCUUUACACCUUGUAAUUGUUUUCUUAGUGGGCAAAUGGAGGUCUGGAAAGUGAGUAAGCUUCUUAGCCAGUAAGUGACUUGUCUGCAAUUAAAGCAACCUCUAGUGAA